GGAAAACCCUAACCCUAACUUCCCCGCAGCGGAGGACGAAAGCCAGGGUUUUAGCGAGGGAGCGGCGACACAUCUAAUCAAACCCCUAACCCAUCUCGAUCUAUCCCUCAUCCGACCAUGAGCCGAUCGGGGCAACCCCCGGAUCUCAAGAAGUACAUGGACAAGAAGUUGCAAAUCAAGCUGAAUGCAAACCGUGUUGUUGUUGGGACUCUUCGUGGUUUUGACCAAUUUAUGAACUUGGUGAUCGAUAACACUGUGGAGGUCAACGGCAAUGAGAAGAACGAAAUUGGGAUGGUGGUAAUCAGGGGAAAUAGUGUGGUCAUGAUUGAAGCUCUGGAGCCGGUUGCGCGAACGCAAUAGCUUCGUUUUCGAUUUGAUGUUGUGUUCAGAACUCAACUAAUGUACAAUGAAAACAUAUGCUGGUGCUGUUAUGUAACUUGAUGAAUCGGUCAAUUUGCUCUGCUCUGUUAUUUGCAGUUCCAUAAAUAUCUUGAAACUUUCUUAGUUGCUAAUAUAUACCAUACACUCUAAGAAGUAUAGUUCUUAUUUAA